AACCGCAAAACUGGAAUCAAUAGAAGAUGUCGAUGAAGUGGAUUGUGUCACAAGUGAUAAUGAGAUUACAAGAAGUGACUGUCGAAUCAAUGAUGAGAUAAUUGGUGACAAAGAUGUGUCAUCGAGUACUCCAGUGAGCGAUCGGACCAACUAUUGCCACAAUUGUCACUCAUUUGCCAUUAAUAACAAAACUAACCCACAAUUGACUCAUUCAUCGACAAUAACAGAUAUUUGCAACAAUCGUGAAGUUGUGGAUGAAGUGGAACUGUUAUCCUUAGUUGAAGACUAUAUACCAAAAUACAAACUUCGUUGCGAUAGUAUCACCGAGUUUUCAGGUUAUGACAAUAACGACUGGUAUAUUAAGACACCGGUGAUAGACAACGAAACACCAUUUGAUUUAAGUCCCGAAACUUUAAGCGAAACUCUUAAAUAUUUUAUACUAUCGUCGGAGCGAUUGAGCCAAAUGACAAAGACUUAUAAUGACAUUGAAAUGGUGACCAAACUGCUCGAAGAAAAAGAGCGUGACCUUGAAUUAGCGGCCAGAAUAGGACAGUCAUUGUUAGAGCAAAACAAAGAUCUGUCCGUUCGUAAUGAGGAACUGGAGUCGGACCUCACGAAUACCAACGAAGCUGUCGAGAAACUUAAGUUUGAACUCUCAAAUGCUUGCGAAAGGAUAACACAAUUAAAACAUGAGCUGUCUAUGAAAAAUGGUUUAUUACAAGUCUAUUGUGCGGACAUUGAGGCACAAGAGUUAGAAUCUGAAGAAACACAACAAUCUUUAGAAGACAAGUCAUUGCUUCUGACAAAUUGGGAAGAUUUGAAUCGACGAGUGGGCUCUUUGGAAGAAGAAAAUCUUAGGCUUAAGAACGAAGCGACCUCCAGAUCUAAAGACAUCGAAAUUGAAGAGAAAAAAGAAUUGCAAUUAAUCCACGAUUGUGCCAAACAAUUGAAUGAGGCAAAUUUGAAAUUAUUAAAAUAUCAGGACGAAGUCGGACUUAAAGGUGAAGAUAACAUUAGACAACAGGAAGAGAUCACAAAUUUGGUGACACAAGUGGUUGAAUUGCAGCGAAAGAUUCGCGACUUAACCAAUGAAUGCGAAUCACUGCAGAAUUCACUCCAUGUUUCACAAGAAUGUCAAACGGAAUUAUCUCAAGAAUUGUUAGAAAUUAAAGAGAAAUAUUCUACACUUUUGUCUGCAUUUUAUGAAUUGCAGUCCGAAUUGAAAAAGACUUCCCGAUUAAAUGUAAACAACUGUACAUAUAUGCCAUUUAACGAAUCGUUAGCCUCCGAGUUAGAGUCAACUCUAGGAAGUGAAUAUUCUGAUAGUGAAUACUCUAGUCUUGGGUUUAGACCGAUGAAGAAGAAAAAUAAUCAACAAAGAGAUGAAACGAGAUGUUAUAGUCCUGAUUCACUUCUUUCAGGCGAUUCUUUGUAUUAUCGAUACAACAACCCUCAGCCAGUUAUUGGUUCAGUACAACAAAGAAGUUUUUAUUUUACGGAUAAAUUACAGAUUGUUAAACCGAUUGAGGGAUCAGCUACUUUGAAACAAUGGCAAAAACUCGCGACACCUCAUUUAGGAACUAUUCUUGAAACACUUCCAGGAGUUCCCAAUAAAGCAAUUAAAGACUUAAAUAAAGAAGUAUUGGAAUCUACGAUAAAUUCAAUAAAAGUAAUGAAUGAGAAAGCGAUCAUUGAAUGCCAAACUAAACGCCAUAUGAAUUAUGUAACGACAAACUCAAUAUUCACAUAUACGACAACUUCAUUAUCACAAACAACUGAUUCAACAUAUGUUACCAACAGUUUCUCAAAUGUUCAGCUCUCGACUGGUAUUCAGAUCCCAAUAACAACUUCUGUCCCUUCCGUCAACUUUUUUUCACAAUCUUUGCCUCAAAUAAAAGGCGAACAUUUAGUUGCUAUAUCUUCGCAGUCAUCACCUCAGGACAGCGAUAUUGAUAUUAAAGUUAGUUCAUGCAAUUCAUAUAAAUCAUACGAAUCACUUAUUUCUGACAUAACAUGUAUUGAAAAUUUGACAUUAAAAGACAAAUCACCCAAAAAAGAGGUGAAUAACUCUAUAAAAAGUGAUUUACAAUUAUCUCAAAACAAUAGUAACGAAUCAAAAGCAUUCAUCAAUAACAUUCAAUCUCCGAAAAGACAACUAAAAACUAAUGAAAACAACAGUGGUUUCGAUAUUGGUUUUGAUGGCCUGGGAGGCAUGUCUUGUAUUUUGGACAAGAAUUGCAACGAUGGUGUCAUUAUGAAAUGCAAUUCAUUGUUAGGCAAAGUAAAUAAACAAAAACCAAAUUCUUUGGCCCUCAAAAGUCAAAGCAUUAAUGAAACCAAUAAAAAGCAUGAAAUCGCAGACUUUUCUGUUAUAAAAACUUUAAGAAAGGGAGGGUUUGUGUAAUAGUGUGUAGUAUAUACCGGAUGUUUAAAGUAUCGGAUUAAAGGGAUAUUGCAUUACAUUAUAAACAAACAUUAGACUCGCCAAUAAAAAUCUCACGAAUAACUUAUUAUAACCCAUAUUUAUAUUCAUUUUGCAACACAUAAAGCAUACUAUUUAUAGUAAUAUAUAUAGUAUAUUGUUUAGAU